UGCUCAAACCACCUCUCCCAGUUCAUUCAUUCAGGCCAAUUCAAAGGCAUUAGGCUUCCGUUGCAGAAUUGUAUGUUACUGCGCGUCGUGUGAGGAGGGCAACGCUCUUCAGUAGUCGUGAUAUUUAGCGUAACGCGUUCGAAUUCGUCCUUUUUGUUGCCUCAUCUUUUUAUGCCUGAUCUAUUCGGAUAUAGGGUGGGUGGUGUCAUAGUACAAUGAUCGAGAGACCUGACUCUACUGUUUCCAGCAUUGCACAGAGGAAUCUGGAGGGGUAUGUCGGUUUUGCCAACCUCCCCAACCAGGUGUACAGGAAGUCGGUGAAGAGGGGCUUCGAGUUUACGCUGAUGGUCGUUGGUGAGUCUGGAUUGGGCAAAUCCACACUCAUCAACUCCCUCUUCCUGACUGACCUGUACUCAAAAGACUACCCAGGCCCAUCCCAGAGGAUCAAGAAAACUGUACAGGUGGAACAGUCCAAAGUCCUAAUAAAAGAAGGAGGUGUCCAGCUUACACUUACCAUAGUUGAUACACCAGGGUUUGGAGAUGCAGUGGACAACAGUAACUGCUGGCAGCCGGUUAUCAACUAUAUAGACAGCAAAUUUGAGGAUUUCCUCAAUGCCGAGUCUCGGGUCAACCGAAGACUGAUGCCAGACAACAGGGUUCACUGCUGCCUGUAUUUCAUUGCCCCCUCUGGCCACGGAUUGAAGCCUUUGGAUAUUGAGUUCAUGAAACGCCUCCAUGACAAAGUCAACGUCAUCCCACUCAUCGCAAAGGCUGACACCCUCACUCCUGAAGAAUGCCAACUUUUCAAGAAACAGAUCAUGAAGGAAAUCCAGGAGCAUAAGAUAAAGAUUUACGAGUUUCCAGACACGGAGGAUGAUGAGGACAGCAAACUCAUCCGCAAGAUAAAGGAGAAGAUGCCUCUGGCGGUCGUUGGCAGCAACGUGGUGAUCGAAGUGAAUGGAAGGAAGGUCAGAGGUCGUCAGUACCCCUGGGGCGUGGCAGAAGUGGAGAACGGAGAGCACUGUGAUUUCACCGUGCUGCGUAACAUGCUCAUCAGGACUCACAUGCAAGACCUGAAGGACGUAACCAACAACGUUCACUAUGAAAACUACCGCAGCAAGAAACUGGCCGCUGUUACCUGCAAUGGUGUAGAUGCCAGCAAGACCAAGGGCCAACUGACCAAGAGCCCCCUGGCCCAGAUGGAGGAAGAGCGGAGGGAGCAUGUGAUGAAGAUGAAGAAGAUGGAGACAGAGAUGGAGCAGGUCUUUGAGAUGAAGGUCAAAGAGAAGAAACAGAAACUGAAGGACUCCGAGGCAGAGCUGGAGCGGCGUCAUGAACAGAUGAAAAAGAAUUUGGAGGCCCAGUAUAAAGAGUUGGAAGAGAAACGGCGCCAGUUUGAGGAGGAGAAGGCUAACUGGGAGGCCCAGCAGCGUAUUCUGGAGCAACAGAAGCUCGACGCCUCAAAGACCAUGGAAAAGAACAAGAAGAAAGGAAAAAUCUUUUAAGCGGCCAACUUUUUUCCUCGGUUUUACUCCAAAAACUCCUUUUAACGCCCCUGUUGACGCCCCUAUGAUUCCACUUUAAACACGCACACACACACACACACACACACAUACAUAUAUACACACAUGCGCACACACACACACACCCCUUUGGAGCUCAGCAGCAGUGUGCAUGUGUACUGUAUUUCGAACGUUACAUUCCGACAUUCCAAAUAAACAUGCUUUACUUGUGCAUAUUA